AUGUUAUAUCCUGGCUUCUUCGACCCUGUUAGCGACACCUUGAUCGAGCCCUCGCGACCGGGCAUCUCCUACUCCUUUACAUCCGACGGGUUUUACGAAGAAGCCUACUACCGCGCCAUUUCAAAUCCUACCGAUCCCUCAUGUCCCGGCGCCAUCAUGCAAUGGCAACAUGGUAGCUACGUGAUCGGCAGCGACGGUUCCAUUACCAUGACACCCAUCGCCGUCGAUGGCCGCCAACUGCUUUCUCAGCCCUGCCAGGGCAGCCACUCAAUUUACACGCGCUACAACACCACUGAACACAUGAAGGCAUACCGCGUAUACACCGACCCCUACCACAACAUUCCCCGCCUGGACCUCACCGAGUUCGACGGCAAGAUCAUGCAGCCAAUGUACCUUGUCUACUCUCCUCCCCAAAUGCUGCCCACCCAAACCCUCAACCCUACCCUUGACGCUGCCGGCGCCACAGCCACCUCAACCUCCAAAGCAAAGCGUGAUAUUCCCAGAGAGGUACCCACGAAUUUCAAGACUGGUGUUCAGAGCCAGGUCAUGAACCCUGACCGCUGGUGGUGGAUGGGUUUGACCUUCACUGGUAUUGGUGGUUUGCUUUACUUCGGUCCCAGAAGAAUGUAA